AAAAAAAAAAAAAAAAGAAAAAGAAAACCAGAGGAGAGAGAACAAACGGAUAAGGGAACUGCUAAUCUGCUACGCUCUGUUCUGCUGCUCUGCACUUCCCAUACUUUCUUGCCCAAACUGAAGAAUAUGGCGACUUUAAGCGCCAACGCGCACAUUAGCAUCAGGCGCUUCACCAUCAGGAGCCCGUCAAGCUUCAAUCAAAGAUCAAGCCAACGUAGUAUCAUUAUGGGCUGCGCAUUUUCCUCUCGGGGAAGGCGGCAGAGCAGACGGGUUAUCUCUGUAGCUCUAGUUCUCCUUAACUGUCUCUAUUUCCCUAAAGAUGCUAUGGCUGGUGGCAUUUUGGACAAGUACUUGAAAAAGAAAAAGCUUGACCCUUUAGAAGCUUAUGUACCUGCUGUUAUUUUGACAGAGAUGCAGAUUAAAGAUUUAGGUAAAUUUUUGGAAGUGGAUAAACCUAAAUUUGGUGAUUGCCGGAGCCUAUUACGCUCUGGGCCUGCAUCAUCCCUUCGUGUCAAUAUUCGAGCAGUGGCACAAUAUGCUUCUGAGAGUGCUGAUAACAAUUCCGCGUUCAACAGUGUUGAUGAAUGUUUGAGGUGUUGCUUUAUAUUAACUGACCUUUUCACCCCCUUAAGAUUUCCCAUUUUGCAUGAGUUAAAGGAAGCUUUGAACAUGUUUGGGCUGUGAAUUUGGCUUUUGUUUUGUAUCUUGACUCAAUUUCAAACACAUUUUACAUUUUCUAGGCAAAACCUCAACAAAACUCAAGACGGUUCAGUCAACCCUCUUUUUGUCAGCUGUACUUCUUAGUUAUUAAUGUGUGGAAAUAAAUGCAAAAUGUUUUAGUCUUUCACUGUGGGAAAAUAGAACAUUUGGCUUUCAUAUUGUUUAGUGAGGCGUAGGUUGGUAUCAUGAUGUUUCUGUUCUGCUAUAUAUCACUGAUGAAAUUUUACUAUAUAUCAAGGCAUGAAUGCGACCGCUUGCUUCUUUUAAUGGUGUUUGAUUAGCAUUUUGUUUGUUUUGCUUAAUGAAGAGCCUUGGAAGAUCUCGACUCGAUGCUGCUGAAUGCUUCAAGAAAUGACUCAGGGGCCUCUAUUCAGUCAAUGAAGGCAAAGAUUGAUGUGGCUACUAAUGCUUUGGACAGGUGAAGUUCUCUCAAUUUAUAUGGAAGGAUAUCCAACAUUGUAAAUAGGGUUUUCUUUCUGUCGAGUAAUUUAUUCUGAAAAUUUACAAAUUUUGCAUGAUGGUUGAUGUGGCCAUGGUAAGAACUACUAUGUCAACGGCAAAUAUAGUAAUGAAUUCUGCUUCUUUGUUGUCAUUUUAGUAAAUCGCUUCACGACUCCCUCAACUUCAAGUUCUAAUCAGCUUUUAGCCAUCAUUUUCCAAAUGUUUCAAAACCAUCCAACUUGACUUUUCAUUUCAAUGAAGGCGAACGGAUUAUUUUGUCAAAAUUGGAUUUCUGUAUUAGAUCCAGAUAUGGUUCAAAUUCAAAUGUUUUGAUUUUGAGGGGAAGCUAAAGGAAACUAUUUGGGCUAUUUGCUUUUUGGUCUUGUUUGUUUCUACCCAUAGUUUUAUGAGGUUACAGACGGUUUACUAUAAAGAGUCCUUCCAUGUUUCAGUCUUCUCAAGACAGUACCUUCUGAUGUGUUGGAGAAGGGAAAAGCUAUAGCUGAUGCUUACAGGGAUCCCGUAGAUGAUACACCGCCCGAGAAUGAUAUACCGGACCCAGAACUGAAGCAGCUCGAAUCAAUAUUAUGAUAUAGCAAUGAACACAGCCAUGUGGUGAAAAGCUCUGUACACUAAUCCUGAAUCUUGUGGGUUAUAACUCUGAUUUUAUUUUUUAGUCUGAUAUCCGAUUCUGUAAAAGUAUACUUUAUGUUGAAAUUAAAAGCAAAAAGAGAGGCAUUUUACAUAUCGAACAAACGGAUUUGCCUGAAUCUUGUAACGUUGCGGUUGCCGUUGACAGAAAGCCCGGUCUACUGCACUAUUUUAGACAUGUGACCAUGUUACUUUACCUAGAAAUAGAUAUGUAACAUAAAAGUUUGCCCCUUCUGUACUCAUAGCAACAUUCAGAAGAUUAAAGUACAGAGACACUGUAGAAAAUGCUCAUAGGUUAGCAUGAGUAUUUCUAGUCUAGUUGAACUGUUGAAGUAUGUAGUAGCUCGCCUUUUUUUUUAAAUGUAAUAGCUUCUUUUGUAAUUAAAAAUGUAAUAGCUAGUUUUAACC